AUGGCGCAGCUAGCAUCCCACGACGAGGCGCUGCAGCGGGUGGAGCAGGACCUGCAGCCCCACAAGGACAAACUGGACAGCCUGGUGGCCGGCGUGCAGGAGCUGCAGAAGCGGAGCGCGGCGCAGCGCGAGGCGUCCGCUCGCGUCGUGUCCAGCCUGGCCGGCAUCAAGAAGCAGCUGCAGGCCGUCAAGCGGCGGGCAAAGUGCUCCGUCGGCGCAGAGAAGCCGGCGGCGGUCAAGAAGAAGCCAAAGCCGGAGCCAGUCGCCGAGGGCGAGGAUACUGAGGAGGGCGAGGAGGGCGACCAGGCAGACGCGGGCGGCGAGCGCCGCCGGCGGGUCCUCCAUGUCGACGCGCCCGGCGCGGCGCGCGCCGUGCUCUAUGGCGCGCGGGAGACCAUCUCCGGCAGCAAGCCGUGGGUGGUCUACAGCGAAGCGCCGCCGACCGCAGACGGUCCCCUGGCGGCGGCCGCCCUCGAGGCGCCGGAUGAGGUGCUGGAGUGGUCGAUGGCCGGCUUCUUUGGGGCCCACGGGUACACCGCGCACAGGGAGGGGGGCCGCGUGACCCAGGAGCCGCCGGCGCAGGGGGCACAUGAGGCCCCCCGGGGCCACGCGCCCAGCAGCGCCGCGGCUGCGGCACGGGCGGGUGCGGCCAACGGGGCCGAGCGGGAGGGGUCGGGCGGCGAGGGCGGGGGCACCCAGGGGGAGGCGGCUGUGAGAGGGCGGGGCGCAACAGCAGAGGUUCGGUAA